AUGAGAAAAAACUUGUUUGUUCAGGUUAGUCAGUAUUUAUACUUAUAGGCUAGAGUGUGAAAAACCCCUAAAACUUGAAAUAUUUCGAAACUCUCCUAAAAAGUGAGAAAAAUAUAAGUCGUUUUUUCUCACGCAUUUGUUAAGAAAUGCAAAAAUUUUGAGCGUCUUUUGACAAAAAAAAACACGGAACUUAUUUAUGUACAGAUAUUUUUGUGAAUCAGACAUAUUAAUAUUUGGAAUGAAAAAUUGUAAGGUUACAAAGAAGUGCAAAUAAUAAUAAUAGGCAGAAAGGCAGCAAGUUGUGCAAAUAAUAUGAAUAAUACAAGUUGUUUCCUUGACAAAUUGGAUAUUAUUUAUUUAUUUACUUGAACUUUGAAAUGGGAAGAAGAGACUUCAAAGAAACAAUCAAUGGUCCAGAUUAUUCAAAAAUAGCUAAUAGAAAUUUAUUAUAGAAGACAUUUUUCAAAGAAAAACUUCAGCCCGAUUUCUAGAAGAUUUGUGUGAAUUAAAAAUUGAUAUGUCAAUGAAAAAAAAUAUAUUUAUAGAAUUUCUUCUGUGAAAUCAAAACAAUAUUUAUUGACACCAUAAAUUGUAUACAGAUAUUUUUAUCUGUUUUCACAAAUUAUACCUCAGAGAUUACCUCACGGAAAACAAGAGUUCAUGAAAAACAAAUCAAAAACCAAAGUUAUUUUCAGUCAAUCGAUGAAGUUUACGAGAAACCCGCUGGUCAACGAAAUGCAUUUGUGAUUAUUCGACCACCCGGACAUCACGCUUCAAGUUCAAAAUCUAGCGGUUUUUGUAUUUUCAACAAUGUGGCAAUCGCAGCAAAAUAUGCGCAGAAAAAGCAUGGCGCGAAAAAAGUGUUGAUUUUGGAUUGGGAUGUUCAUCAUGGAAAUGGAACACAAGAGAUAUUUUAUGAAGAUUCGACUGUUUUUUAUAUGUCAAUUCAUAGACAUGAUAAAGGAUCAUUUUAUCCGAUUGGAGAACCAAAAGAUACUUUUGAUAUUGGAGAGGUAAAUAACAAUUAUAUUUUUAAAAAAAGUUUAUUCGGAAAUUAAUUUUUUCAGAAAAAAAAAAGAAAAUUUAUAAAUUCAGUUUAUUUUCUUGAAAAUAAUUUUGAAAUUUUUCAGGAAGCUGGAAAGGGUUAUUCUCUGAAUAUUCCCUUCGAUGGCAUUUCAAUGGGUGAUUUCGAAUAUCAAACCGCUUUCAAUAAAAUAAUUCUCCCCGUUGCCUAUCAAUUCAAUCCUGAUCUUGUUCUAAUUUCUGCUGGAUUUGAUGCAGCUGCAAAUGAUCCACUCGGAGAAUUCGAAUUAUCCCCAGAAGUUUAUGCUCUUAUGACAUAUCAAUUAAUGAGUUUAGCUGAAGGAAGAGUGGUUACUGUACUUGAAGGCGGAUAUAAUUUGACGGCAAUUUCGAACAGCGCAUUGGCGGUUGCUGAAGUUAUGAAAAAUCGAGGGAUGGCAAGACGAAUUUGGGACGAGAAAGAACAAUUUGCAAGUGAAAGGUAAAUGAUCUGACAUCACAAAAUACACAUUUGUUUUUUUUAUUUCUAGACGAAAACUGAAAUCCGACGCUGUUCGAAGUAUUCGCGAAGUCGCACAAAUUCAUCAAAAAUAUUGGCCAAUUUUGAAUGGUUUUCAGGUAAAUCGAAAAAAAUUUGUUGAAAUUAUUUUCAAAAAGAACAUGAUAUAUGUAGGAUUGAAAUUGAAUUUGUGAGUUGAGUUACAAGCUCCAGAAUUUGGAAAUUCGGAAAAAAAGCUCUGGAUGAGUGCUCAUGUAUCCCGGUUUCAAUUUAAUUUUUGAAAAUGUUUCUGAUCAAUGUUUACCGCCUCAAUUUCUAAUUGAGAUUUGAUUUAAAAAAAGCUCUACUUGAUUCAAAAAUGUCUAUGUGUUCAUCUUUAUUUCUAAAGAAAAUCCUUGGUGCUGUGACAAAUUCUCAAAUCGUCACAAAAACUGGAAAAGUAUCAACUGCUCGUAAAAGUGCCACGUCAUCGAAUAAACCUAAAAAGACUCCGAAAACCGAUAGAAAUACACCGAGAAGAUCGCCUCGAUUUAUGUCAGAACUCGAAAAAGAAAUGGAAAAAUUGGGAAUUUCAUAG